GGCAGGGCUCCAGCAGUCAGUCGGUAUGUAGCAACAGCGGAGCGUCUGCCGGGAUUACAAAGAGGGAAAAACGCGCCUUGGACAGAAAAUAUCACCAGCGGGAUUAAAACUAAAACCACCCGAGGAUGAGACACGCACUGUGCGCCUGAAGGAGACUAAAACACGCCGCUUUUCCGCUCAUUUAUCACCGUAUUUAACGAAAAAUGGCGAACGAGUCCCCGGCCAAAAGUCUGGUGGAUAUAGACCUGGCAUCCCUGCGGGAUCCAGCUGGAAUUUUCGAGUUGGUGGAAGUGGUCGGAAAUGGCACCUAUGGUCAAGUCUAUAAGGGUCGACAUGUCAAGACAGGACAACUGGCGGCCAUCAAGGUCAUGGACGUCACCGAGGAUGAAGAGGAGGAAAUUAAGCUGGAAAUCAACAUGCUGAAGAAGUACUCCCACCACAGAAACAUAGCCACCUACUAUGGAGCCUUCAUCAAGAAAAGUCCACCGGGCCACGACGACCAGUUAUGGCUGGUGAUGGAGUUCUGCGGCGCCGGCUCCAUCACAGAUCUGGUGAAGAACACCAAAGGCAACACGCUGAAGGAGGACUGGAUCGCCUACAUCUCCCGAGAGAUCCUCAGGGGAUUAGCUCACCUGCACGCUCAUCAUGUCAUCCACCGUGACAUCAAGGGACAGAACGUGCUGCUGACUGAAAACGCUGAAGUCAAACUGGUGGACUUUGGUGUCAGUGCUCAGCUGGACCGGACGGUCGGUCGGAGGAACACCUUCAUCGGGACGCCAUACUGGAUGGCUCCAGAGGUCAUCGCUUGUGAUGAAAACCCUGAUGCUACCUACGACUACAGGAGCGACCUGUGGUCCUGUGGAAUCACGGCCAUCGAGAUGGCUGAGGGAGCUCCACCUCUGUGUGACAUGCAUCCGAUGAGAGCCCUCUUCCUCAUUCCUAGAAAUCCUCCUCCUCGACUCAAGUCCAAAAAAUGGUCAAAGAAGUUCUUCAGCUUCAUCGAGGGCUGCCUGGUGAAGAACUACACUCAGCGUCCUCCCACCGAGCAGCUGCUGAAGCACCCGUUCAUCCGGGACCAGCCCAACGAGAGGCAGGUCCGCAUCCAGCUCAAAGACCACAUCGACCGGACCAAGAAGAAGCGAGGCGAGAAGGAUGAGACGGAAUAUGAAUACAGUGGCAGUGAAGAAGAGGAAGAAGAGGCAUCUGAGCAGGAAGGAGAGCCAAGCUCCAUCGUGAAUGUGCCAGGCGAGUCAACUUUGCGGCGCGACUUCAUCCGGCUGCAGCAGGAGAACAAGGAGCGCUCAGAGGCGCUGCGCCGUCAGCAGCUCCUCCAGGAGCAGCAGCUCCGUGAGCAGGAGGAGUACAAGCGCCAACUACUGGCGGAGAGGCAGAAACGUAUCGAGCAGCAGAAGGAGCAGCGGAGACGGCUGGAGGAGCAACAACGGCGCGAGCGAGAGAUGAGGAGGCAGCAGGAGCGCGAGCAGCGCCGGCGCGAGCAGGAGGAGAAGAGACGCGUCGAGGAGAUGGAGCGACGCCGCAAAGAAGAGGAAGAGCGCAGGAGGGCCGAGGAGGAGAAGAGACGGGCCGACCGGGAGCAGGAGUACAUCCGCCGUCAGCUGGAGGAGGAGCAGAGGCACCUGGAGAUCCUGCAGCAGCAGCUGCUCCAUGAACAGGCCAUGCUGCUGGAGUAUAAAUGGCGGGAGCUCGAGGAGCAGCGCCAAGCCCAGAAGCUCCAGAGACAGCUGCAGCAGGAGCAGGCCUACCUGCUGUCCCUCCAGCAAAACCAGAACCUGGAUAGUAGCAAAACCUCCCAGCAGCAGAGCACCAAACCCCCGCAGAGCGUUGACCAGGACAGGAUAAAGCCCCCGCAGCAGAACCCUGAGUCGGAUACGACAAAACAGUCACAGAGUGCCGACUCUGAAAGUCCAAAUCACAGUCUGGAGAAAACUACAGAACCCAGGCUGCCCGUCGCUGACCUGCAAGGCCCCGCCCCCAACUCUGAGCCAAUCAGAGAGGCUGAUGAGCGAUACCGGAAGAACAUCCAGGGUUCUCCUCAGGCGGCUCAGACCAAACCACCGCAGCCCCCGGUGCCGCCACGCUCCGAGUCCUCCUACCCCAACGGGAAUGCAGCAUCUGAGGCGCCCGCCAUGCACCGGCCUGUGGAACCACAGGUUCGUUCCCAUCUGGCUGCUUUAAAGAGCAGCAGCGGCGUGGCCUCCGCUCCCGCCCCGCCUGUCGUGUCACGGUCGCACUCCUUCAGCGAGCCACUCCCCUCUAGCUUUGAAAACCUGCACCUGCGCAACAGCCAGGAGCACCAUCACCCUCCAUCCUCAUCACCAUCCUCCUCCUCCUCAUCAUCAUCAUCAUCAAUGCCUGCACGCACUGACCCCCAGCCCCACCCCCAGCAUAGGCCCUCGUCUUCAGAGGAGGUCCCGCCCAGGGUUCCUGUAAGGACUACAUCAAGGUCCCCAGUAUUGUCAAGGCGAGACUCGCCUCAUCAUCAGGGCAACGCCGCACACGGCAGCCACGCUGUGCACCGCACCACCGCUAGUGCAGCAGAGCCUCGUCUGCUGUGGGAGCGAGUGGAAAAACUGGUUCCCAGACCGACCAGUAACAGCGGCAGUGGGGGCUCCAGUUCCUCCAGCAGCUCCAGUAACUCGAGCUCUCAGCCCGGUUCUCACUGCGGCUCUGGAGAAAGGUUCAGGGCCCGCUCCUCCUCCAAAUCUGAGGGCUCACCCCUCCAACGACCAGAGAAUGCUGGAAAAAAGCCAGAGGAGAGGAGGGACUUGGUCAGGCCGAGCAAACCAGCGGACCUGACGGCUCUGGCCAAGGAACUGCGUGCAGUGGACGACGUUCGUCCCCCAAAUAAGGUGACGGACUAUUCAUCCUCCAGUGAAGACUCAGACACCACCGAUGAGGACGACGAUGAAGAGGUGGACCAGGAGGCAGGAGAAGAGUCGACCUCCGGCCCUGAGGACUCCAGAGCUGUUUCUUCUCGGCUGAGUAACGGAGAGACGGAGUCAGUGAAAACUAUGAUAGUUCACGAUGAAGGGGAGAGCGACGCAGGUUCGACGCCCUGCAAAGACAGCACGCUGAUCGUCAGACAGAGUGCAGGUGACAACAGAAAGCGUCCGAGCCCCGGCCCGGGUCAACCUCAGACCCCCCCCGGCCUGCUUUCAGGCUUUGCCCCGAGCCCCGGCUCUGUGUCAGGGCCCGGGCACGGCCUCCACACCCCCAGCCCCCAUCACCACCAUCACCAUCUCCACCACCAUCACCCCACACAGCACCCGGACAGGAACGGCUUUGCAGGCCGCAUCCACCACCUCCCAGACCUGAUCCAGCAGAGCCACCAUUCCUCCCCCUCCUCCUCUGCAUCCAACUCCCCCUCCUCCUCCAGCCUCGCCAGCCCCUCCACCAUGUCCCCACAGAGUCCCCUGGACAAGCUCACGCUCCUCAUAGAGAGUCAGUCUAGUAACAACAUGCAGAAACACAAGUCUUCUUCCUCCUUCACUCCGUUCAUCGACCCACGCCUCCUCCAAGUCUCCCCAUCCACCGGCAGCGCCCUCAACAAUGUCGGCUACGCGAACGAUGCCCGGCUGGCAGAGGCGUUGAGGGCCGACCCGUCUCGGAAGGGCUCCGUGGUCAACGUUAACCCGGUCAACACUCGCCCGCAGAGCGACACGCCAGAGAUCCGCAAAUACAAGAAGAGGUUCAACUCUGAGAUCCUGUGUGCCGCCCUCUGGGGAGUGAACCUGUUGGUGGGAACAGAGAGUGGUCUGAUGCUGUUGGAUCGCAGCGGCCAGGGGAAAGUUUACCCUCUGAUCAACCGUCGGCGCUUCCAGCAGAUGGAUGUCCUGGAGGGACUCAAUGUCCUGGUCACUAUAUCAGGUAAAAAGAACAAACUGCGUGUGUACUACCUGUCCUGGCUGAGGAACAAGAUCCUCCACAACGACCCCGAGGUGGAGAAGAAACAGGGUUGGACCACUGUAGGAGACCUGGAGGGCGCCGUGCACUACAAAGUUGUGAAAUAUGAGAGGAUCAAGUUCUUAGUUCUGGCUCUGAAGAACUCAGUGGAAGUCUACGCCUGGGCGCCUAAGCCCUACCACAAGUUCAUGGCCUUCAAGUCUUUCGGUGACCUGGUGCACAAGCCCCUGCUGGUUGACCUGACUGUGGAGGAGGGUCAGAGGUUAAAGGUCAUCUAUGGCUCAUGUUCAGGCUUCCACGCUGUGGAUGUCGACUCCGGAGCCGUCUACGACAUCUACCUGCCUACACACAUCCAAACCAAUAUCCAGUCUCACGCCAUCAUCAUUCUGCCCAACACUGACGGCAUCGAGCUGCUGGUGUGCUACGAGGACGAGGGUGUUUAUGUCAACACCUACGGACGCAUCACCAAGGACGUGGUGCUGCAGUGGGGGGAGAUGCCAACCUCAGUGGCCUACAUUCGUUCCAACCAGAUCAUGGGCUGGGGAGAGAAGGCCAUAGAGAUCCGCUCGGUGGAGACCGGCCACCUGGACGGCGUCUUCAUGCACAAGAGAGCCCAGAGACUCAAGUUCCUCUGUGAAAGAAACGACAAGGUGUUCUUCGCCUCCGUUCGGUCCGGAGGCUCCAGCCAGGUCUACUUCAUGACUCUGGGCCGAAGCAACCUGCUCAGCUGGUAGAGGUCCACACCUCCUCCUCCUCCUCCUCCUCCUACUCCUCCUCUUCCUCCUCCUCCUCCUCCUCCUCAUUGUCCUCCACCCUCGCUAACACUGGAUCUCAGAAACCCACCGUCGAUGUCUUGUCAGCUCUUGGACACCAAAAGAGAACCAAAUCAAAAACGAGAAACGAGCCCCAUGUUUUUUUUUUUUUUUUUUAAUGAAGCAGUCAACAACUUCAGACUUCAACUUUUUCUCUCCACUGGAGCUGCAUCUCAGAGCUCCAGGGGGAUCGCUUUGUGACGCCUGGCAGUCGCCCCCUGAAACACCUGAAGUGAUGAAAUUAAAUAGUAUAUGAAAGGAAGGAAGAAAGAAAGAAAGUGGAAAUAAAUUAAAUGGGAAGUCAAGAAAAGGGGUUCUUUUUGUUUCCCCUCUCCGUUUACUUGGUGCUUCUCAGAUUGCGAUAGAUUUUUUUUUUCUUCUUCUAACUAGUACUGCUACCACUAUUAUUACUACUGCUACAUCCUACAGGUCUGCCACUUGGAAGAGAUUUCACCCCGUGCUCCCGCCCUCCACCUUAUCUUAUGAGCGUCUCAUGGGGCCGGAGGGGCCGGAGUCUCUUGUAUCAACACUCCAGUAGUGUGUGUAAAUGUUCUGUUUGGGCCAAUUUCUGCUGACAUUCUUUCAGGGGGUUCGACUGUAAAACCCCCGGAGCCGGUGCGAUUCGGGGUGACAAGCGAAAUGCAAAAAGGGGCCGAAUGUUUGAGGUUCUGCUGUAAGUCUGAUGGGACUCGACAGGUGGGUGUGUGUGUGUCGUUGAAGUAUUGUGUUGUUUGGACAGGUGCUUUAAAAAAAAGGGGGGGAGAGAGAGAGAGAAAGACGCUGAGCAGAUGGAUUUCAGAAAAGUAUUUUUUGAAUUAUUACUAUUAUUAUUAUUAUUCCUUGAAGAUAAGUGUAACUAUGUGGAGUAAAAACAUGUCCUUUACCUUCUUUUAAGAUUUAACGCACAUCCACACACAGUUUGCUUGCUUUUACUCUGAACCCACAGUGCAAAGGUGUGUUUGUCUGAGAAGAAAGUGAUGUGGGUGUGGUCCAAAAAUAAAAAAUUUAAGGUGUCUAUGUACAAUAAAAGUUCAUUGAAUCUUCCAGAUAGUGUCAGUGGUCAUGUUUUUCCCCGUUUUACCAGUCAAACAUGACCACCUAAACUCUCAACUGCUGUGAAUAAUAGUCAGAUAUAAAAUGAGUAAAACAUAUGAUAACGGAGUGAUAAAGUAGAGGAGAAGAGUUCAGUAUGUGUAUGCGCGUGUGCGGUCGGAGAGUUCAGUGUCAUCGACAAAAUUGGAUUUUCGUGGCAGAGAGGUAAACGCACGGUCAGCUGGUUUGCUUCAGCAGAGAAGUUGUUUUCUUCCUGGCAGGCGUUUAUUAUUAUUAUUAUUUUUUUUUUCUAUCUUCCAUUUCAGAUCAUUUCUCAUUUGUAUGAAUGCAAUGCACUAAGUGUCAAGAAUGUAGAAAGACGUAUUACUGUGUGGUGGUCCAAGGCAUGAGAUGAUGUUUUUUGCUUUGUAUCUUGUCACAAGUGAUCAAUCCUAGAUGUUCAAUUUCAAGUUAAUACGAUUAAAAAGCUGCAGUAGCGGAGCCUCUACGUCAGGUGUAGAUAUUUUCCCCGGAGGGAGGAAGGAAGUAUGGGGGUUAUUCUGUAUUUGCAACCUUUUUCUUGAGAAUCUGUGCUGAUGCAAAAUGCUGACACAGAGCUGGGGAGAGACACAAACUCUGGAUUUCAGUGUUACUGUGAUGUGUCACAAAAACGGAGCAGAACUUUUCAUCACUCGGCUGUUUGUGAAGACGGAAAACCCCACUUUUUCGGGAAGGAAUUGUUUUCUCUUUUUUGUGCCCCCCGCACCCUCUCCCCUCCUCCUCCUCUCUACUACUUCCUGCUCCUGCUGUUAUUUAAGUUGUUUGUAUAUGUGAAAGACUGGGGCAGCAAACCUGAAGUAUCGAUCUCCAGCUGGAAUUCCUUGCAUUUCCACAGACUGCACAUUGUUCAGUGAAGGAAAGGGGCAACGGAGGGUUCAAUCUGUGCUCAAACAAGUUCACUUUGAGUGUCUUUUUCCCUCCUGAAGAUAACAAUUACACAUGUGAGCAGUGUUUCUGACAUGUGGAAAGGUUACUGUCAGUCACUCCUCCUCUUGCAGAAAAGCCUUUUGGACCCCCCCAAUGCUGUGUCGUCUGAGGUCUGUGUGUGCAGUGAAACCCAGUGUGUGUCUCUUAUUGCAUCAAGGCCUUGAUGAGUGGCUGUAUUGAAACUUCAUGAUUAAAAAAAUUGUGGUUAUUAUUGAUAUUCUUUAUCGGCUAAAUAAGGAUGAGAGCUAUAAAAACAUUGGGAAAAAGUGCCAAGAAGGCAGCAUUUAAAACGUGUAAACCUAUUGUUAUGAAAAACCACUACUUGGAAAUCCUUUUUUGGGAAAAAAAAAAUCAAAAAAAAAAAAAAUCACUUGAAGCAUUGUGUAUUCUUCAGUUUUAGAGCUAGUCGGAAAGCUUAACAAUAGUUUCUGUUGUUUCUGUAAGUCUAUGUACACGUAAAUAUGCGACUGCGGUGGUUUAAUAUUAUUACGCUCACCUUAGGUGGAGAAAUGUUUACAGAGGCGAUGUUUUGUUACACUAAUGUGCAUCACGGUAUUUAUGUUUAAUGCAUAUGCGUCUUUAAUUCUUUGUUCUUGCUUUUUGAGCCCGGAUUUUAUUGGAUAUUUCAUUUUUUUUGUCAUCUCCCCCCCUUACCU